AAAAAAGGAACAGUCUUUGGACCUUAUCAAUGGCUUGUUAGAUUGUAAAUCAAGUAUUUUUCUCCAAGUCUUAGUUUCAAAUCAUCCUCUCCAUUACCAUCUUCCAGCCUUUCACCUCUUAAUCAUUCAUCUCCAAUAAGGUGCUCAAUUAAGUUCAUCUAAGCAUGGCUGACACCAAACAAGAUAUUGAAACUUCGGAGGAUGAGAGGAAGAUAACGAAGAUAAGCUCCUUUAGAAAGAAAGCAAUAAGCGCAUCAAACAGAUUUAAGAAGUCGUUCAGGAGGAAGAGUCGGAGGAACUUAGGCAGAAUCGUGUCAGAGCCAGGCGGCAUCAAUGCCGAGGAUCUUGAGUCUAUUGAUGCAUUCCGUCGACUCCUUCUCCAAGAGGACCUUUUACCUACCCAACACGAUGAUCCUCACAUGAUGCUCAGAUUCUUAAGGGCGAGAAAAUCAGACGCUGAGAAAGCAAAGCAAAUGUGGAGUGACAUGCUCCAAUGGAGAAAAGAUUUCGGAGCCGAUUCAAUCAUCGAGGAUUUUGAGUUUGAAGAGAUCGAUGAUGUUGUCAAACAUUAUCCUCAAGGCUAUCAUGGAGUGGACAAAGAAGGAAGGCCGGUUUACAUUGAGAGAUUAGGCCAAAUCGAUGCUAACAAACUGUUACAAGCGACUACAAUGGACCGGUACGAGAAGUACCAUGUAAAAGAGUUCGAGAAGAUGUUCAAGAUCAAGUUCCCUUCUUGCUCAGCGGCAGCAAAGAAGCACAUCGAUCAAAGCACAACCAUUUUUGAUGUGCAAGGCGUGGGGCUUAAGAACUUCAACAAAUGUGCAAGGGAGCUUCUACAACGCCUUCUGAAGAUAGACAACGACAAUUACCCUGAGACUCUAAACAGAAUGUUCAUCAUAAAUGCGGGUCCUGGAUUCCGGCUCUUAUGGGGCCCGGUUAAAUCUUUCCUUGAUCCAAAGACGACGUCAAAGAUUCAUGUUCUCGGGAACAAAUACCAGAGCAAAUUGCUCGAAGCCAUUGACGCUAGUGAGUUGCCAGAUUUCUUUGGCGGCCGUUGCACUUGUGAAGACAAAGGAGGCUGCAUGCGAUCUGAUAAAGGCCCAUGGAACGAUCCCGAGAUUCUUAAGAUGGUGAAGAAUCCUGAGGCCAAGUUCUCGACUAUUUCAGAGGACGAACGUAUACUCGUAGAAGAAGAAAUGUCAAUGGUCUUCGAGCCUCUGGAGAAAAAGAAAAAGAGAACCAUCAAAGACAAUGUGUGUGAGAAACAAAUUGCAGUAGUUGACAAGUUCAUGGCCCUGUCUUUACCUGAAAAGCCUCCAAAAACCGUCAAAAGAGGGAAGGCGCCACAAAAGAAAGAUGAUGGUUUUCUUGUGGGAGGGGUUAUCGCCUUUGUGAUGGGAAUUCUAGCAAUGGUCCGGCUAUCUAAAGGGGUUCCACGCAAGCUCACAGAGGCUGCACUAUUCGGAAACUCAGUUUCCAAUGAGGAAUCAAAAAUGACUAAACCGGACCAAGAUCAACUUUCAACACCGGUCUCAAGCUCUGAGUAUGUAUUAAUGGCAAAGAGAAUGUCCGAUCUUGAAGAAAAGUACAUGUCCCUUGAUUCUAAACCAGCGGAUGAUGGUUUAGAGAAAGAACAAAAACUUCAGGCUGCGCUAAACCGAGUCCAAGUGCUUGAGCUAGAGUUAUCUGAGACCAGAAAGGCUUUGGAUGAAACGAUCGCCAAGCAGAAGGGAAUUCUUGAAUAUAUUGAGAAGAAAAAGAAGAAGAAGAGUCUGUGUUUCAGGUUCUGAAUCAACGAACCGCUCUGACACCCCCCCCCCCCCCCCCCCCAAAAAAUAGAAAAGAAAAAAAUCCUGUCUGAAAAUAAGAUGAGAUGAAAAGCACAUGAUACACGAUUUUUCUAUAUAUAACUUUGUUGUUAAGCAAAAAGUGGAGUUUGCCACUAGAGGCAUGCUUUUUGGUGUUCUCUUGUAAUUUCGAGUGCUUAUUUUGGUAUUCGCUUGCAACUU